AUGGCGUUGAGGGCCUUUCCCAGGGGCCCAACCCUGCCCCCCACAGACCAAACCCCCACAGACCCUGCCUCCAUAUAUCCUGCCCCUGCAGACCACAUCCCCACAGACCCUGCCCCCACAUAUCUUGCCUCUAUAGAUCCUGUCCCCACCGACCCUACCCCUACAGACCACACUCCCACCGACCCUGCCCCUGCAGACCCCGCCCCUACAGACCCCGUCUCCACAUAUCCUGCCCCUAUAGAUCCUGUCCCCACAGACCCUGCCCCUACAGACCACAUCCCCACAGACCCUGCCCCUGCAGACCCCGCCCCUGCAGACCCCGCCCCUACAGACCCCGUCUCCACAUAUCCUGCCCUUAUAGAUCCUGUCCCCACAGACCCUGCCCCUACAGACCACAUCCCCACAGACCCUGCCCCUACAGACCACAUCCCCACAGACCCUGCCCCUGCAGACCCCGCCCCUGCAGACCCCGCCCCUACAGACCCCGUCUCCACAUAUCCUGCCCCUAUAGAUCCUGUCCCCACAGACCCCAUCUCGGGGAAGAUGGUGGUGCAGGAGGUAGCGAUAUCGUCCAACCCCGCCCCUACAGACCACAUCACCACAUAUCCUGCCCCUAUAGAUCCUGUCCCCACAGACCCUGCCCCUACAGACCACAUCACCACAGACCCUGCCCCCACAGACCCUGCCCCUGCAGACCCCGCCCCUACAGACCCCGUCUCCACAUAUCCUGCCCCUAUAGAUCCUGUCCCCACAGACCCCAUCUCGGGGAUGAUGGUGGUGCAGGAGCUCAUACCUGAGCGUGAGCAGACCCUGGUGGCACCUGAGUGCACUGACAGCGGAGGUUCUGGAAGCAGCGAGCGGGAUUGUGGCUCCUGCAAGCCUCUCGCUGCUGGCAAGGUGCAGCAACGCUGGGUUCAUGACGCCCAUCCAGUCCUGAGAGCUCCAGGAGAUCCAGCGGCAGUCACAGACAAAUUCGGAGGCGGGGCAAGCUCCGUGCUGUCGGCAGGGAUAAUUCAUCUCCCCGCCUCGCUGGUGACAGUGUCACGCCGCGCUUACUCCUGUCUGAUGAAUUACCCUUCCACAGGGAACAGCCCAGAGCAUUCGGCCUGCACGGGUCCUUCUAUUACACGGCGUCUCUAA